AUGACAACCAAUGGUCUGAUUUUCCUCUUGGCACAUGUCAGCUUCCAGAUCUGCCUGUAUACCAUCCCCAGCCUUGAUAAUGCACUGGGACACAACUGCAGCUCAUGGGAGACUCUAUCAAGACAUGUUGGAGUGUCCAGGCUUCCGCUGGAAGAUCCUUGGAGCAUGGUGUGGCUCCUGACACCAGAUCUUGGGAUCUUCAUCAUCUCUCUGAUCACCCUGAUACUGUGUAACCGUCUGUUGAAGAAGAGAGAGGAGGGACCCAUACCUCACAUGUCUACACUUCUCCAGGAG